AUGAUUUCGCUGGCAACUCUGUUCGGGUCACAACUGGUCGAGUUUUUGUCACCUACGUCAUCGCGAAACCAGUUUGCCAACUUUCGCAAGGACGCUCGGAUUUAUUUCUCCGGCUUGGUAGGAGGGAAAACUGCCUCCGGAGGCGGUCUGUUGAGCGAAAAUCUCUUGGUCAGGAGAAAGUUGCUAAAAGCCGUGGAAGAAGCCGUGGCACUCAACGCAUUGGCCUGUUUACCAAUCAGCAUAGAAAACAAAUAUGCGUGUCCGGUUGCGGACUUUCCGUGUCCGGUGAGACGACCGGAAGCCGGUGGAAACGACGCCAUCAGCAACAAGGGGUUAUUCGGGUUGGACGCGUCCCAGCAGUGCCCGGGUUGCGGGUUGUCAUUCGCGACGGGGAAGCACACCUGCGAGCAGGACAGUGUGAUGGAGUCCAUGGACUCCUCGGGUGACGAUGGCGCCUGCCACAAUGAUGAUGGUACCACGAUUGUGCGGGUGGACGAGGACACCAAGACCAGGGGCCAUCGGCAUUUUGGCGGCGAGAUUUGCAAGGGUCUGGGAUUAUUGACAGGGACAAUGUGCACCACGAUUGGCAUAAUUUUUUCGCUGAUUUUAGUCGCGGCUGGAGGAAUCAUGCUUGCCGUUGGACUUACAGGAGGAGGAGCGAUUCUGGGGAUUCUUUUCAUCGCCGGAAUAAUUCUCCUGACUGUUGGACUGCUACUGUUCCUCAUCAGCCUGAUAGCAUCGAUUGUGAUGUUGGUGAAGAUGAAAAAGUGGGCAGAUUGCAGUCGACAAGAAGCAGUCAGGGAGUGUAAGCGCAAAAAGCGGCACAAAAAGUGCUUCCACGCUGUGCAAAAAGAUCCUCGGGUUUGCGCAGGCGAUUCCGCGACUUGCUGCAUUUUGGUGCCCAAGAACGGCGUCAACGAUUCCCCUAAAAUAGGCGUGACCGCGGGAGAAAUGGGCGCCACCCAAAUUCGCGCCGGACAAAUGACGGGUUGGAAACGACGAGAUCGGGCAGCUAUUCAAGCGCCGAACGCGUUGCAACCUUCCUGCGGUUCGCGGCGAAAUAUUUUGCAAGGUCCUUCUUGGAGGUCAGUUUUUUGCGCUGCUUUGACUUCUGCGUGCUUCAUUGCGGUCGGAACUGUUGCACUUGUGUCUGCAGUUUUGGUGCUAAUUUUUGGACUGAAUCGAAUCGCCCCUGCUGAAUGGCACAAUCGAUUCCCUUCCGUCAGAAGUUUCGCAUUCGUCAUUGCUGCUAUUGGAGGGUUGUUGAUACUCUCGGGAUCCUACAUCGGUUUUGUUGCAUGGAAAUGGCUCAAGGGCGAGGAUGACACAUCAGCACGGCUCGGACAAACCGGUCUGUCAAUGUUUGACCGACGAAAGGAAUUGUUUUUUAAAACGUGUCCUGCAAGUGAUGACAUGUACUUGAACCAAGAGAAUAACACGGAUCCUCUGUGCACUGCUUCUUGCACUGGUCAAACCCCAGAGAUCGGUGGUCUCGGCAGCAUUGACGGAGAAGAUUAUUUGCGAGCGACACCUGCACAAUGUACAAACAAUCACUCAAAGGAACAAAACAUUUGUUACGCCUCAGAUGCUGCUGCAAGUAGCGCGAAUCUCUCUCCUGCAAUUUGA